CCCAUUUCACUCCUCGCAGACGCAGACAAGUUUCUUUUCUUUAGGGACUGGAAUGGCUAUUGCUCUGAAAACAACCAGUUUUCUUCAAACCAGGAAAUCCCAGAGCCAUUUUCUUCGGUUAUCAGCUCCGACAUUCACCGUCUCUUUCAAGUCUCGUACUGUAAUGGCUACUCUCAGUAUUGCUCCGGCUGUUGGACUAUCUGAGACGUUCUCCAGACUGAAACAGCAAGGCAAAGUGGCUCUUAUUCCAUUCAUUACGGCUGGUGAUCCCGAUUUAUCAACAACAGCUGAAGCACUGAAAGUGCUUGAUUCCUGUGGAUCAGACAUAAUUGAAUUGGGUGUACCAUACUCUGAUCCUUUGGCAGAUGGCCCAGUUAUCCAGGCUGCUGCUACACGUGCUUUAGCAAGAGGCACAGAUUUUAAUUCAAUCAUCUUCAUGUUAAAGGAGGUGGUUCCACAAUUAUCUUGUCCUGUUGCAUUAUUUACAUAUUACAAUCCAAUACUCAAGCGUGGCACUGAGAAGUUCAUGUCCAUUGUAAAAGAUGCCGGAGUACGUGGGCUUGUGGUUCCAGAUGUUCCUCUGGAGGAGACUGAAGUCUUGAGGACAGAAGCAGCUAAGAACAAUAUUGAAUUAGUACUGCUCACAACACCUACUACUCCAAUUGAUCGAAUGAAAGCCAUUGUUGAAGCUUCAGAAGGAUUUGUUUACCUUGUGAGCUCGGUUGGAGUUACUGGAACCCGUUCAUCUGUAAGCAGUCGGGUGGAAUCUCUUCUACGAGAAAUUAAGGAGAAAACAGCUAAACCAGUGGCAGUUGGAUUUGGCAUAUCAAAACCGGAGCAUGUGAAACAGAUAGCAGGAUGGGGAGCUGAUGGUGUGAUUGUUGGUAGUGCCAUGGUGAAAUUGCUGGGUGAAGCGAAAUCUCCCGAGGAUGGGUUGAAAGAGCUAGGAACAUUCACCAAGUCCCUAAAGGCUGCACUCCCUUAAGGACAGUGUGUUGGACCUUAUCAAGUGUGUAAUUGGAUUUAUUUAAAGAUCUUAAGUAUCAUCCCUACUUCAACAUCAUCUCCAUUUUUUCUAAUAUUGAAUGAAUCUCAGCUUGCAUGG